AUGAGUCGAUCUCGGGAGGAAGUGGAGGCUACCCUGCAGAUAGCGAAGUUGAAUGUGCAGGAUUUGCGGACCACUGCCCAGUGCCUGGCAUUCAGUAAUACUUUCACUUCCGGGGAUUAUUGUCUAAUGGAACUGGAUGAGACGUUGUGUAAGGAGAUCGAAUCUGGCGGCAGCUUGGUUAUCCGAGGAGACAAGGCUGAUCAUGCUGUCCUUUGUAGCCCAGACAAAACAUAUGACUUGAAAAUUGCUGACACCUCCAAUUUGCUGCUGUUCAUCCCAGACUGCAAAACCCCUGACCAGCUUCCUUGUGACCAAGCGUCCCUCAGUGUCUGUCUGUGCGAGAUUGCUGGAUUCUCUAAUCACUACUGGGAGCUAAGGAGAUGUCGGCCAAAACUAAAGAAGCUGAAGAAACUUUUGUUAGAAAACCCCUAUGAUGGACCAGAGAACGAACAAGACAAAAGCCAGGACAUAGUGCUGUACACAACAGAGGACCUAUUGAGCCAGAUUCAAGCAAGCUCUUUAGAAUUAAUGGACCACCUGAAAGUUAUACAUGCCUGCCAAAUAAGUGGAUUCUGGAGGCUUCUGGACUUUGACUAUGAAAUGAAGCUCCUCAGUCAUAUUACUCAGUUAAUGGAUUCGAGUCAUGGUCAUUCAGCCGCAUACCACUGAAAGUGUCCCUACAGGAGCUAGGACCUCUGGAGCCAGAAGAGAUGAUCCAGCAUUGUCUGGAGUGUUAUGGGAAAAGGUUUGUUGAAGGUGAAGUGUUCUAUGCAUUAGAUGAAGACAAAAUUUGCAGAGCGACUGCCCAGAUGCUUUUGCAGAAUGCAGUGAAGUUUAAUCUCUCAGAGUUUCAAGAAGUGUGGCAACAAAGUGUUCCUGAGGGAAUGAUGACUAGGUUAGACCAGCUGAAGGGAUUAGCUUUGGUGGAUCGGUCAUCUCGGCCAGAAACUAUCUUCAUGUUGAAGACUGAAGACCUACCUGAGGACACUCAGGAGCGUUUUAACACCUUGUUUACCAUGAGGGAAAAAUGGACAGAAGCUGAUAUUGCACCAUAUAUCCAGGAUCUGUGUGGGGAGAAGCAAACCAUUGGAGCACUUCUCACAAAAUACGCCCGCUCUUCUCUGCAGAAUGGUGUCAAAUUGUAUAACUCUAGGCGACCUCUGUCCUAG